CUCCUUCCUCUUAUUUCUCACCGCAUCUCUUCUACCACCUGCCACAGCGGCGACGCAGCGAUGGAGAUCUACUGGAAAUUAGGUUAUAAUAAACCCUUAGAAGAUAAUAAUUGAGGGAGAGGCAUAAAGACGCGCAUAGGUAAAUAGAGGAGAGGCGGAGACAGAAGGUGAGAGGCAGAAAAGGGGAGCGACAGGCGGAAACAGAGAAACAUAUGGUUUGUGUGAAGAGCGGCUGUUUGAGAGGGCUGCUGGAGCGGACAGAAACUUAUUAAACCGCAGAGACCGCGGCUUAAAGGUAUUCGCCCAUCUCAUUUUCGGCACUUCUUUGCCUUCUUUUUUUUCAGCCGCGCUCUCACCUGUGCGAGGCUCUGCCUACACCUCUGUUACAGUAGUUUGUGCAGGGUGGACUGCGGUCAUUGGACCCUGAACGCGCGCGCGCACACUCACGCGCACGCAGACCAUCAUAAGACGCGCUGCAGCCAGCUACAAAACCUUGUUGCAAGGAGGAAAUUGAAUUAGACAACUUAUUUGCACAGAAGAGAAGGGAAAAUAGCGGUCGACUCCCGGCUUUCCCAGCUCACCGUGUCUCCCACGAGCUCACCAGGAGCCUCCGUAGAACCCCCCCUCAACCACGCACCCCUCGCUCUCCUCUCAACUCCCCGCAGGAUUAAGAAGCCAUGUCUGGACAGACUGUGACAAUCCCGGACGACCAGGCGUUUGCCAGCUUCAAGGCGGAGUGUCUGUGCGAAGAGGGCUGGAGUACGACCUACAAUAAAGGGAUCGUCACCGUGUGGACCCAGGUUCUAGAGGAAGGGAAGUCCAUCCACAAAAUUAAGUGUCGGAUGGUGUGUAAGGACGUGUCAGCUGAGACCAUGUAUGACGUUCUCCAUGACAUUGAAUACAGAAGGAAAUGGGACACAAAUGUUGUUGAGACCUUCGAUAUUGGGAAGCUUACGGUCAAUGCGGAUGUUGGUUACUAUUCAUGGAAGUGCCCAAAGCCACUUCGGAACCGUGAUGUCAUUACGCUUCGCUCCUGGCUGCCAAUAGGAAGAGAUUACAUCAUUAUGAACUACUCUGUCAAACAUGCUAAAUACCCACCUAAAAAGGACAUGGUGCGUGCAGUUUCCAUUCAGACUGGCUACAUGAUCCAGAACCAGGGACCUAAUAGCUGCAUCCUCACUUACAUGGCCCAGGUAGAUCCACGAGGUUCGUUACCCAAGUGGGUUGUCAACAAGUCUUCCCACUUUCUUGCUCCGUGCGCCAUGAAGAAGAUCUGCAAAGCCUGUGUGAAGUAUCCAGAGUGGAAGCAGAGGCAUAACCCUGGCUUCAAGCCGUGGCUUUACCCAGAACAGACUACAUUGCCCAUCAUCCCACUCUCUGAGCUCAGCAUCCAGCGGGCAGAGAGCCUGGAGAAUAUUGAUGAGAGCUCCUUGGCUGAGGCCCAUGAAAGAGAAGACAGCGACUGACACAAACACGUGCACAAGCAACAUACAGUACACACAAACUCAUAUGUUCAUACAAACAGUAAAGCAGGGAUGCAGAAAUGCCCGUAACAAUGCAUCAUGACAUGUAUGUGUAUGUGAUUCUAUUUGUAAGUGUGUGUAUACAUACACAUGCAUACUUGCAUCCAUAUUGUACAUGCCAGUGCAUAUGCAGGCAUACCAGUAGGCACAUAUAGGCAAGCAUUCAUGCAGAACGACAAAACCAUACUUCACCAACUCAUUAACAUGCUAACAUACAUAAUGUAAAGACACAAACACACAACAUACAACAGUUUCACAAUCACUUCUGAGAACUUUUAGCAUAAUCAGUUUUCAAAUUGGGACCUAUGCAGAUCAUCACAGCUAAAUAUAUUUAGCUGUGAUGAUAAAAAUGUUUACAGACUAACCUGACAGGGCACCUUCUGCUGUCACUCAAAAUCUGACUUAAUUAUACUCUUUUAGCCACUAGUCACACAUUUUAGUGCAACCCCCAAUAUUACACACACUCACACACACACUAUUCAUUUAUACUACACUAAUGCAUUCACAUGCGUACCCGCUCAGUUUGUAUCUCUCCUCUCUAUAGUUGUCUUUCAGUCCUACGUUAUGUGCCUCCAUCACCUUUUGUAAGCACAUGAUUAGUUUGCAGGUGUGCAGAAGGCAGCUGGAAAACCCAUCCCAACCUGCAUCCAUGUCUCUCUUACACACGCGCGUGCACACACACGCGCGUGCACACACACGCACGCACGCACACACACACGCACACAGACAUUCAGCAUUUACACUCACACUCACUGUCUGCUCCUCUGUUCCAGAGAUGGGUGAAUGUAUGUAGAAAUUAAAAGUUAAAUACAGAUUCCUACAAAGGUUUUCAAA